GAGCGGGGGCAAGCCAUGCAGCUCCAGUCUGCAGCGCAAUGCAAGGUGUCCGGCUUCACACUGAAUGAAAGAUGCGCUUUUUCUUCGAAAAUGGAAGUCCACCGUGAGCAGAGUAUCUGUCAGGCGCGGGCUGCUGUCAUGGUAUAUGACGACGCCAAUAAGAAGUGGGUUCCAGCUGGUGGAUCCACAGGCUUUAGUCGAGUCCACAUCUAUCACCACACUGGCAACAACGCCUUCAGAGUAGUGGGCCGUAAAAUUCAGGACCACCAGGUGGUAAUAAAUUGUGCCAUUCCCAAGGGGCUGAAAUACAACCAGGCCACACAAACGUUUCACCAGUGGCGAGAUGCACGGCAGGUGUACGGCCUUAACUUUGGCAGCAAAGAGGAUGCCAAUGUAUUUGCCAGUGCCAUGAUGCAUGCCCUGGAGGUGCUGAACUCUCAGGAUGCAGGCCCCCCGAUGCCAAGACAGACCCCUCAGGUGCAGAAUGGCCCUUCACCAGAGGAGCUGGAGGUGCAGAGAAGGCAGAUGCAAGAGCUCCAGCGUCAGAAGGAGCAAGACAGGGAACGACUGGAGCGAGAGCGGCUAGAACGAGAACGCCAGGAACGAGAGAUGCUGGAACAGGAACGUGCCGAAAGGGAACGUCAGGAGUGGGAGCGUCAGGAGUGGGAGCGUCAGGAGCGAGAGCGACUGGAGAGGGAACGUGCCGAGCAGGAACGUCUGGAGCGUGAGCGUCAAGAGCAGGAGCAGCUGGAGCGAGAACGCCAGGAACGGGAGCGCGCCGAGCAGGAACUGAUGGAGAGAGAGCGUGCCGAGAGAGAGAAGCAAGAAAGGGAGCACCAAGAGCAGCUGGACAGAGAGCAGAUGGACUGGGAGAGAGGGAGACGCAUCUCCAACGCCGGUGAGCAUCUUCAUUUUCUCCAACGAAGGGUCAGCACCUACUCGCGUCUUAAUAUAUCAAUAGGUGAUCUUCUCCUGACGUGUCCAUCUCUCGCCCUUGCUGGAGCCAAGCUAAAGAAAGUGCCAAGGAGUGAUGAGCCCCUGACUCCAGCCGCAGGAUCAGCGGUGAGUUCUGGUGGUGCCAAGCCCGAGGCAUCCCGUGGAAAUGGUCUUUUACCUGGAGGAGGAGGUCUGAUGGAGGAGAUGAGCGCCCUGCUGGCCAGGAGGAGAAGAAUUGCUGACAAGGGAUCAUCACCAGAGCCUGAGCAGAAAGCUGAUGACAUUGAGGCUACCAUAACUCCAAAAGUGUCAGCCUGUAGCACACCAGAUAUGCCCAGAAAGCCUUGGGAGAGGACAAACACCAUGAAUGGUAGCAAAUCACCAGUCAUUGGAAGACGGGAUGCACCAUGGAGAAAUCAGAUGGGUACUGACAAGUACUAUGAUUCCUUAAACAGACCAAGGUCUACACCAACUCCUACCGGAUCCAUAAGUGCCAAUGGGGUGCCAACAGAAGCUCUUGACUACGACAGAUUGAAACAGGACAUUCUAGAGGAGAUGAGGAAGGAACUAUCGAAGCUGAAAGAAGAACUUAUUGAUGCAAUCAGGGAGGAGUUGGGCAAGUCAAACUCUGCAUAGGAGAAUGAGAUGCACCUGUAUUUUUAACCACAAUCUGUCACUUCAGAGGUCAGCUUCAGUUUAAGACACUUUCUCAAAAGCAAUGAAAAUGGAAAAUUACAGUUUUAACCAGUGGUGAUCACAAUAACCAUGAUAAUUCGGAGGAUCUGUUGAGUAUGAUGCCGGGACAGACAUAAGUUUUGAGCGUGGGGGCACGGGAGGCGUAACAGCGAGAGGAUAACCAGACGCCUCAAAGCGACGCCAUAC